ACCACGAAGAGCAAGCCCGCAGAAGAGAGCGAUGCUCCUCCACCCAAGAGAGCCCCCAUAUUUUAUGGCAGUUUGGAAGAGAAGGAAAGGGAGCGUCUGGCAAAAGGAGAAUCGGGGAUGCUGGGAAAAGAAGGGAUGAAAGCUGCAAUCGAGGCUGGCAACAUCAACAUAAGCAGUGGUGAGGUCUUUGAUCUUGAAGACCACAUGAGCGAGCGGCAAGCAGAAGUGCUGGCUGAGUUUGAGCGCAGGAAGAGAGCCCGGCAGAUCAACGUGUCCACUGAUGACUCCGAAGUGAAAGCCUGUUUGCGAGCACUUGGGGAGCCCAUCACGCUCUUUGGAGAAGGUCCUGCAGAAAGGAGGGAGAGAUUAAGAAAUAUCCUUUCCGUGGUUGGCACAGAUGCGUUAAAAAAGACCAGGAAAGAUGACGACAGGUCUAAAAAAUCCAAAGAAGAGUAUCAACAAACAUGGUACCAUGAAGGACCACGCAGUCUGAAAACAGCGAGGCUGUGGCUUGCGAAUUACUCACUCCCCAGGGCAGUGAAGCGGCUAGAAGAAGCCCGCCUGCUCAAAGAGAUUCCAGAGGCAACCAGGACAUCGCAGAGACAGGAGCUACACAAAUCCCUGCGAUCCUUGAAUAACUUCUGCAGUCAGAUUGGAGACGAUCGCCCACUGUCCUACUGCCACUUCAGCCCCAAUUCCAAACUCCUUGCUACUGCCUGUUGGAGCGGAUUGUGCAAGCUCUGGUCUGUGCCUGACUGCAACCUUGUUCACACCUUACGAGGACAUAACACCAAUGUAGGAGCAAUAGUCUUUCAUCCCAAAGCCACUGUCUCCCUCGACAAGAAGGACGUUAACCUGGCCUCGUGUGCAGCUGAUGGUUCUGUCAAACUCUGGAGCCUUGAAAGUGAUGAACCAGUGGCAGAUAUUGAAGGACACAGCAUGAGAGUGGCACGUGUGAUGUGGCACCCAUCUGGGAGGUUCCUGGGUACUACCUGCUACGAUCACUCGUGGCGCUUGUGGGACUUGGAAGCUCAGGAAGAGAUUCUCCAUCAGGAGGGGCACAGCAAAGGGGUCUAUGACAUUGCCUUUCACACGGAUGGGUCUCUCGCUGGGACUGGUGGACUGGAUGCUUUUGGCCGGGUGUGGGACUUGCGCACAGGACGCUGUAUCAUGUUUCUAGAAGGCCACCUGAAGGAGAUUUACGGGGUUAACUUCUCCCCAAAUGGAUACCACGUUGCAACUGGCAGUGGUGAUAAUACUUGCAAAGUGUGGGACCUCCGCCAGAGGAAGUGCAUCUACACCAUUCCUGCCCAUCAGAACCUGGUGACUGGCGUGAAAUUUGAACCCAAUCACGGUAACUUCCUGCUCACAGGCGCUUACGAUAACACCGCAAAGAUCUGGACUCACCCUGGCUGGUCCCCUUUGAAAACGCUGGCUGGUCAUGAGGGAAAGGUGAUGGGACUGGAUAUCUCCCUCGAUGGCCAGCUGAUAGCGACCUGCUCUUAUGACAGAACCUUCAAGUUGUGGACAGCAGAGUAGCUCAGAGGUGCUGAUGAUGAACUGGAAUGGAGACGUUAAUGGCUUUUGAUCUAAGACUUGCUUUUUUUAUAUUAAAGAAAAAAAAGGAAU